AUGGGUCCCAGCUCGAAACCUUUUGGGAAUCCUCCUCAGAAGCCUACAUUCCCUAUACACAAUCUCAACGUCCACUUCCCCCAGUCUGACAUUGAUGAUCUCCGAUCUCGUCUGAACAAUGCCAGACCACUACGGACGACAUGGGAGAACUCAUUCACGGAUGCUGCUUUAGGAAUCAGACAGGAUUGGAUGGAUCAAGCUAUAGCAUACUGGAGGAACAAGUAUGACUGGCGCGAGGUGGAAGAGAAGAUCAACAAGUAUCCUAAUUAUAUGGCGAGCCUGAAAGCCAGGGAACAUGAACAGUCUAUUCAUUUCACAGCUUUAUUCUCUGAGAAGACAGAUGCUGUACCUGUUUUGAUGCUUCACGGAUGGCCAGGAUCCUUCCUCGAGUUCCAGCCGCUCAUGGAUGACCUCGUCUCCAACUAUUCUCCCUCUGAUCUUCCCAUACAUCUCAUUUGCCCCUCGCAUACUGGGUAUGGUCUUUCUGGUCCCCCACCUCGUCAUGAUAAAUUCACAAAGCGCGAUGCGGCGGAACUCUACGACGGGUUGAUGAGAGGUCUAGGCUUCGAUUCUUACGUCGUUCAAGCUGGAGACUUUGGAGCCCUCAUAGCGAGAUUGAUGGCCGAAAACUUUGACGGAUGUAAAGCUAUCCACUUGAACAGACUGCAUCUUGAACGACCUGAGACUCGAGAUAUCGCACCGACAACGAAAGAAGAGGAGAAAGCAGUAGCUGAAGCCAAAGAAUGGAACCUUUAUGAAGCGGCAUAUAAGCGUGAACAAGUCACCAAACCAGCUACCAUUGGGAUAGUAGCUUCAUCAGAUCCAGUGGCCAUGCUGGCAUGGAUCGGCGAAAAAUUCCUCGCUUGGUCGGACGAAACUCCUUCGCUCGACAUGAUCUUGUCCAACGUCACGCUCUAUUGGCUCACAGAAUCGUUUCCAACGGGUCUAUGGGCGUACAAUGACGAUCACCCGCCAGUCGCCGUCAAAGGUACUAGCCCACAUAACAAGCACGAGAAACCCGUAGGCUACAGUCUCUUUCCAAAGGAUCACGAAACGUAUCCCGAGUCAUAUGUCAAGAAGGCGAUGAAUCUCGUGUGGUUCAGACAGCAUGACAAGGGAGGCCAUUUUGCCGCUCUCGAGUGUCCAAAAGUACUGCUGCAAGAUCUACUAGACUUUGUGAAAGAAGUCUGGAGCAAUCAUUAA